UAUAUAAUUCUUUCCCAAUAUCAGUGAAGGUAACCCAUUUCAGAUCAUUUGCCUAUCUGUUUCUUAGCAUUAUUAGCCAUGGCUUCUGGCACCAAACAAACAACAGCCUUUCUCAUCUUAUUGCUCAAUCUUGGUCUUUACACCAUCAUAACCAUAAUUGCUGCAUGGGCUGUGAAUCAUGGGAUCCAAAGAUCUCGCGAAUCAGCAUCGGGUUUAUCCGUCCCGCUUCAAAUAUUUCCAAUAUACUUCCCCUUCGGGAACAUGGCGACUGGAUUCUUCGUCAUCUUCUCCCUCCUUGCUGGUGUUGUAGGCAUGGGAACCUCGCUUAUCGGACUACAACAUGUUAAGCAAUGGGAUAUUUCCGGCAUAUAUGCCGUAGCUGCCUCUUCAAUGAUGAGUUGGUCGCUCACUCUGCUCGCUAUGGGAUUUGCAUGUAAAGAGAUCAAUCUAGGCUACAGAGAUUCAAAUUUGCGCACUCUGGAAGUUGUGACGAUAAUUGCAGGUGCAACACAUAUGAUAGGCACAGGUGCAAUUCAUGCUGGUGUUGGAGACGCCAUUGCAGAUGCACAGCAGAGGCUUCCGGGGCCAAGAUCUUGAGCUUCCUCUCAACUCGAUUCACGCCGCUUGUUUUGCUGUUCUUCAUUUCAAUUUGUGUUAAUGUACCUUGAAUUGCAG